AUGUGUACCAAGGAAGAAACGCCAAAGAAUCUUUCCGAAGUUUCGAACAUUUCAAAACAAGAGAUGCAAGAGCAACCUGGUCUGCAACAUGAAAUGACGCCUCAACCGUUGGUUCACCACAUCCCUGCUGAAGCGGAUGACCAAAUCAAGGAAUAUCAGGCCGCGGGAAAAUUGAAGGACAAGAUUGCCGUCAUUACAGGUGGAGAUUCGGGAAUUGGUCGUUCUACCGCCGCAUUAUUCGCAAUGGAGGGCGUCCGAGGGAUUGCCAUCGUUCACCUCCCUAAGGAAGAAAAGGCGCGCGAUGCUAAAGAAACCAAAGAACGCAUUGAGAAACAAUCCAACACAAGCGUUUUGUUAAUCUGCAAGGACGUUGGAUAUGAAAAAAAUGGCAUCGAAAUUGUCGAAGAAGUUGUGAACAAAUGGGGAAGGAUCGACAUUCUCGUGAAUAACGCGUCUGAACAGCAUGUCUGCGAAAAAAUUGAGGAUCUCGAGUCUUCUCAAAUUGAAAGGACAUUCAGUACCAUAAUCAACAUUUCAUCUAUUACCGCCUACAAUGGUCAUCCCGUGUUGGUAGACUAUUCUUCGACCAAGGGUGCAAUCGUAUCUUUUACCAGAAGUUUAUCCCUCCAAUUAGUUAGUCGUGGAAUCCGUGUAAACGGUGUUGCACCUGGUCCAAUCUGGACGCCACUGAUUAAGGCUACAUUCUCUCCCGAAAAAAUGGAAAAAUUCGGUAAGGAUGUUCCAAUGAAAAGAGCUGGACAACCGUCAGAAGGUAGGUCGCGACUUGUAAUGUGUUUCUUGCAAGCAACGAUUCCAGCUAUAUCUCUGGCCAGGUAG